AUGCGUGAAUGCGCGUCGAGGGAUACUUUCCUGCUAUUUUCCUCAAAGUCAAUCAUUUUUCCAUGCAAUAUCAAGCACUCCAUGCUUACCCAACGACCAAGAUCUCGGAUAAUAGAUAAAAUCAUAUAUGCCUUCAGCGCCACAGCCCUGGGCCUAGUUGCCUUUAGCAUCACCCUCGUCCUCUUACUUUCUAUCUCUUUACUCCUCAUCCUGAUAUUACCUCGCAUACUCUCAAACCUUCGCCUCUCAUGCGACGCAUCAUCAGCACCAUCAUCUGCGGAGCACUCAGAAGCCCUACAAGCGCCCUCCGGCUACAAAGCCGGUACCACCCAGCUUUGCGGCAGAUCUCUUGCCGAGGCCGCGGCCGCAGGCUGCGUCUUCAAUAUGAUGACGGUAUCGUGGCUGCCACUCGAGUGCUACGACGGCGAACUCACCACCAAAUCCAUGGAAGAAGGCCCCGGGAACUUUUAUCUCAGCAACUCGACGCGACCCGAGCCGCUUCUGAGGAAAGAUUCGUUGGUGACGUAUCAUCAUACGGAGCAUUGCUUGGAUACUUUGGCGAAUACGUCGGUGCCGUUGAAUGAGGUGAUAACGAGGGUUGAGAUUUUGUAUCCUGCGUGUUGA